AAUAAAAGAAGAAGAACUAUUUUUACGUUAACCUUAAAAAAUAAAUAUAAUAAUUGUUUACGAAUUUAGUAUUUUACACGAGUAGUAUUCUGUUUUGAAACAAUAUGAGAUACGCUCAGUUAGUAAUAGGUCCAGCUGGAUGUGGUAAAUCUACAUAUUGCAGUGCAUUAGCUCAACACGGUGUUGAUAUUAAAAGAAAUAUCGAAGUCGUAAAUUUAGAUCCGGCAGCAGAAUAUUUUAAUUACACACCCAUAGCCGAUAUCAGAGAACUGAUUAACGUUCAAGAUACCAUGGAAGAUGAAGAAUUACAUUUCGGACCAAACGGAGGUCUGGUAUUUUGCAUCGAAUAUCUUUUAGAAAAUUCCGAUUGGCUACACGAUAAAUUAGGUGAUUUAGAGGACGAUUAUAUUUUAUUUGAUUGUCCUGGGCAAAUAGAAUUGUAUACUCAUCUCACGGCGAUGAAGAAUCUAGUAAAACAGUUACAAGAUUGGAAUUUCAAUGUUUGUUCAGUGUUUUUAGUUGAUGUACAGUAUAUUACAGACGGUACUAAGUUUAUAUCAGGUACUAUGGCGGCGUUGAGUGUUAUGGUGAAUUUGGAAUUGCCUCACAUAAAUCUACUAUCGAAAAUGGAUCUGUUAAGUAAAGGGGCCAAAAAGAGACUAGAUAGAUUUUUAGAACCUGAUUCGCAUUUUAUAUUAGGCGAUAUUGAAUCUUGUGGUUAUUCGGCAUUCAAUACCAAACAUCGCAAGUUAACUGAAGCUAUUGGGAAACUUAUUGAAGAUUAUUCUUUAGUUAGAUUUAUACCUUUGAAUUUAAAAUCUUUAGAAAGUAUUGGAGAUGUGCUAUUGACCAUUGAUAAUGUGAUACAAUUCGGUGAAGAUCAAGAUGUUAAAACAAAAGAUUUUGAGGAAGUUGAGCCCGACGACGAGGAUACGUGAAAUUUUCACUACAAUUCGUUUAUAUUUACGUUUAAAAAUAAAAUUUUAUUUUAUUACUA